UGUCAGUUGUCUCUGGGUCCUGCGGUGGAGAAAAAGUCCGUGUGGUUGGAUUGUGGGAUUCACGCUCGUGAGUGGAUAAGUCCCGCCUUCUGCCUCUGGUUCGUCCAAUACUCUCUGGGAUUUUACGGCGUGAACUCGGACAUCACUCGGAUCCUCGACGGUUUUGACGUGAUUGUUCUGCCGGUGCUCAACCCCGAUGGAUACGACUACACCUGGACCAAGAAUCGACUGUGGAGGAAGAAUCGUUCUUCGUCUCCAAACAGUCGCUGCGUCGGAGUCGACCUCAACAGAAACUUCGACGCAAACUGGUGCACGGAGGGCGCCUCCUCGUCUCCGUGCUCUGAGAUCUACUGCGGUCGCUUCCCAGAGUCUGAGUCCGAGUCUCAGGCCGUCGCCAACUUCCUGAGGACCAACAAAGACCUGGUCCAGAUCUACAUCAGCAUCCACUCCUACUCACAGAUGCUCCUGUUCCCCUACUCCUGCACCACCCAGCAGACCCCAGACCAUCAGGAACUGUUGGAGAUGGUGAAAGAAGCGUCUCAUAAAAUCCGGAGACAUUAUCGCAACAACUACAAAUACGGAGCUGGAGCCGAAACCAUCUACCUGGCCCCGGGAGGUUCGGACGACUGGGCGUAUAAUCUGGGGAUCAAAUAUUCGUUCACGUUCGAGCUGCAGGACACAGGACGAUACGGGUUCCUCCUGCCUCCGUCUCACAUCAGCAAGGCCUGCAACGAAGCUCUGAUCGCCGUCAAGACCAUCGCCCUGAAGGUCCUCGAGAGCAAGGCCAAAGCAGCAGCAGACCAGGACUAAACCAGGACCAGACCAGGACCAGACCAGGACUGAACCAGGACUGAACCUUCUCCCUCCAUCUCUCUGUCAAGACCAUCGCCCUGAUGGUCCUCGAGAACAAGGCCAAAACAGCAGCAGACCAGGACUAAACCAGGACCAGACCAGGUCUAAAACAGGACUGAACCUUGACCAGACUAGGACUAGACCAGGACUGAACCAGGAUCAAACUAGGACUGAACCUGCUCCCUCAAUCUCACAACAACAAGACCUCCAACAAAGCUCUGAUCAACGUUAAGACCAUCGUCAUGAAGGUCCUACAGUACAGAGCUAAAGCAGGACCAGACCAGGACCAGCCCAGGACUGAACCAAGACUGAACCAGGACCAGACCAGGACUAAACCAGGACUAAACCAGGACUGAACCAGGACUGAACCUCCUCCCUCCUUCUCAUAUCAACAAGACCUCCAACGAACCUCUGAUCACCGUGAAGAUCGUCGUCAUGAAGGUCCUGGAGAACAAGACCAAGAAAACCAAGACUGAACCAGGACUAAAGCCAGACUAUACCCGUCUAAAUCCCAGGUCUAAAUCUGGACUACACUGGGUCUAGUUUUUAGUUCUUAAAUGUUUUUAUUUUAUUUCCCUCUGAUUAUUUCCCCCUUUGUAAAUAUCAUAAUGUCAUUAAAAUCUACAGAAAGAA